CGUUCAGUUGAUAACUCUCGCUUAAACGCGUUGCCACGCAAGCUGUCAUUCGUGCCGCUUAAUUAUUCAUUAUAGCGUGAUUGUGCGCACCAACCAGUUUUGAUUAAGAAAUAAUAAUGCCUGGAUACAGAUGGGUCAGAUGGCCGACGUCCUACGCCGAUUCUCACAUGCUUAUCACCAUCGGUAGGGAUCUGGACGGCCUGAAUCUCGUUGUCGGGCGCGCCAUGCACGCCGGUGACAUGCUGCCGGCGAAAGUGAAGCCGGAGCACAACGUUGCUUACGUAUGUUACGGGGGCAUCGAGCACACGAAGCACAACUUCGAGGUACUGAUGCCCGCCCAUUUCAACUGGAUCCGAUCGGGUCACGGUCACGUACCCGAACACGCGGUGGAGGCUGGUAGAACCUCGAACGGGGAGAUGCUCUACGUCGGACGUACUUUUCACAAUGGUAUAUCUUGCGUAGGAAAGGUUCAAAGGAGUCACGGAGUCCUCUACAUUCCGUUCGACGGCAAGGAAAUACCGUGCAAGGAGUACGAAGUUUUGGUACAGCAAUGAUUUCUCUUUCCACGGUUGCAUUUAAAAAUAGAUAACUUUCAUUUCUAUGCGCUGAGAGAAAAGAAUAAUUGCAGUAACCAUAAUCUACAGUGUUUUGGCGCCAACCAUAUUUUUAUAGGUAUUUUAACUAUACGGUUGUAUGAUUGGCAAUAUUAUACGUAUAAGAUUAUUAUUGAUAGCACAUUAUAAUAACAAUUCCUGUAAAAAUGGGUAUUCUUACUAUAAUUAUAGAGUCCCAUGUAAUUAUAGUUCCAAAUAUUACAUACUUUUCUCUCAAUGUGCCAAAUUAUUGAAUAAUAAGAUUAUCUCUCAAUCGAAAAAAUUCUUUCUACACAAAAAUCAAUGUUCUGGGUUCGUACAUUUCACAUCGUACUGACAGAUGAAAAAUGUGUAUAAUUAAAAUAUUCCAUCCAGUAUAAUUUCAUUUUUUUUUAUUUAUUUGUAUGCGUUGUAACGAAAUAUGAACCAAAAUUGCAUCGCAACUGUGUUUCAAAUCGUAUCGUCGCAUCAAUUUAUGAGAUUUUGCCUAGAAGUUAGAUUAAAAUUUUACGAAGUUGGCGGCUGAGAAUAUCGCGUUCUUAUCUACCCUUACUUAAGUUCUAUUAGUAUGCAGGGAAAAGUAAUUUAUAUUUCGGCCUUUAAUGCGCGCGCGGAAGGAAAGAGCAUAACGAGCCGUGCCAGACCAUGCGACGAUCAGCAAUGGCUUGCACGCGCCCUUUUCUCAUAGCCUGAAUCGUAACUACGGGCGCGUUACGGCCGAAUCACGAUUCGUCAUGUCAUUCUCUCGGGUCUUUCGGUUUUAUUCUACGGUGCCGGUGAGAACGCGAGCAUCGAAUGAUUCAGCGAUACGUAAAAGCGUGAGUCAGAAUACCAUCAUUUUUGCUGGAAUUUUAUAACAGGCUCAUCUCGCACUGUCGCGAUUUUUAAUGUAAAGACAUGAUAAAUACUUUAAUUAAACUUUAACUUAUUUUAUCUACA